AUGUCGACGUCGAACCGCCCGAAUUCACGCCCGCGCCGCAUCGACGAUGCCCUCUCCCAACUCGUCGACUCGCUGCUCCCCGAGAUUCCAAUCACCUCGCUGCCCCAAGAACACGGAUACCCAAAUGAAGGAUUAGCCAUCGCGGCCGCUGAGGAAAAGCGUCAUCGGGCCUAUCUGGAACGCGCCUGGCAAAUACUGGAAUCGAACCCGAACGGCGCAGCAGACCCAAGCUCGCUGAGCGGCCGUCGCGGUAGCAUUGCUGUUGACGACGUGAAUCACGCACCAGAUUUGAUAAAGCGCAAGCUGAGACGUGAAAAUGCUAGCCCCGAGAAGAUCGUACGUUUUUCAAAUCUUUACACACGUCUUCUUACGCAGCCCGUGCUCUCGCAAAAAUGGGGGAUCUUGUUCUUGCUCUACAAGCUCGGCGAGGCGGACGAGGAUCGGCCGGCUGAGUCCAGCCGUAGCCCAUUGUUAGACGAUGGAAAAAUGCAAAACAUGAUGGGUCGAGGGCUGGAACGUUCACAGCGCGAUACGGUCGUGGAUUCGGAGGAUGAUGAGGAGGGGCCAGCUGUCGGUUCGUCCGCAUCACAAAUACCGCGCGCAUCCCGUGAGACUCAACCGCCGCAGCGUCCACGGUCUCUUCGAAUGGAUUUGGAACGCUCCGUUGAGCGAGCAAGUGCUGGUCAGGCGAGCCAGUAUGAAACUGGAGACGAGGGCGAAGGCGCGAUAUCACCGACAGAGACGCCAGUCAAUGCCAAUCGACCGAAUGAAGUGACCGAACAAGGGCUUCUGCGAGAUUUACCUUUCAACUUGCAGGGGCUGUCAUCGACAAAUGUUCAAUUUCAAUCGCACUCUGUCUUGAAGUUACCGUCUAACCUGCCAGCUCCGCUAGUCUCGCUUUUGAACGCUUUGGCUGAGCCGUGCCUGCUUUAUAGGGAAUUAGCAGGAUUUGUAGAAGCCUCGGACGGUGGCCUUGUCAAUCAAAGUCUCAGGGCCGCUAUUGCAAAUGAAUUGCGUUCCUACUUAGGCUUGGUCGCCACGCUGGAGGCGGAGAUUCGACAGGCAUUGACUGCGCUCAGCAAUGCAACAGUGACACCACCACGAAAGGGGCUCGUGACAUUGAAAAGAUGUGUUGUGUGGACACGGGAUGCAACAAUGGCGCUGAGACUAAUGAGUUUGAUUGUGGAGGAAGCUCGAGAUAAGAAGGGAGGCCAGUUGAUUUCUCUCAUUCACGGCUUUUCAACGUCUCAUGGAGACCCUUUUGUCUGCGCUUUCGCCGAGAAGCUUCUGGUGCACGUCACUCGGCCUUUCUACGAUAUGCUCCGGUUGUGGAUUUAUGAUGGCGAAUUAUCCGACCCAUACAGGGAGUUCUUUGUGGCUGAAUCGGAUCUGCGAGCCACCAUUGAUCCCAGACGUACAGCGACCAGCGUUUGGGAGGACAAAUACAAGCUGAAUGACGAUCUGAUCCCCUCCAUCAUCACGCAAGAAUUUGCCAAAAAGGUCUUCCUUAUUGGAAAGUCCCUCAACUUCAUCCGCUACGGUUGUGGAGACUCCGAGUGGGUAGAGGCCUAUUCUAAGCAAGCAUCCAAGGAAUUGAGCUACGGAGACACAGCCACUCUGGAGACUUCCAUCGACGAGGCAUAUAAAACUACCAUGGCACGUUUGAUCCACCUGAUGGACGACAAGUUCAAGCUUUACGAUCAUCUGCGGGCUCUCAAAAAAUAUCUCUUAUUGGGACAAGGUGACUUCAUCGCUCUUCUCAUGGAGUCGCUCGCAUCCAAUUUGGACCGCCCUGCAAACUCGCAGUACCGCCACACGCUCACGGCACAGCUCGAGCACGCAAUUCGGGCUUCCAACGCGCAAUUUGACUCGCCCGACGUGCUUCGUCGGCUGGAUGCGCGUAUGCUUGAGCUAAGCCAUGGUGAAAUUGGCUGGGACUGCUUCACUCUGGAAUACAAAAUCGAUGCCCCUGUGGAUGUGGUCAUCACGCCAUGGGGCUCAACACAAUACCUCAAGGUGUUCAACUUUCUCUGGCGUGUCAAGCGUGUUGAAUUUGCCCUCAACAGUACCUGGCGUCGCUGCAUGACUGGUGCACGAGGAGUACUAGGUAGCGUCGAUGACAAAGUUGGACCCGACUGGAAACGUGCGCGCUGCGUCAUCGCCGAGAUGAUUCAUUUUGUGUGUCAGCUGCAAUACUAUAUUCUCUUCGAGGUGAUUGAAUCCAGUUGGGAUCAGCUACAAGCUGAAGUCUCAAAACCGGGAUGCACACUUGACGACCUCAUCGAAGCUCACACCAAGUAUCUGAACUCGGUUACCCACAAGGGCUUGCUAGGCUCCGCAUCAUCUUCGAGACAUGGUGCCUCCACUUCUGCCUCGAAACAACCUGAAGAAAGCUUCCUGAGUCAGCUUCACCAUAUCCUCAAGAUCAUGCUCUCGUACAAGGACGCUGUGGACGGACUCUACUCUUUCUCGGUCGCGGAGUUUACCCGUCGUCAGGAACUGAGUGCCAAAAUCGAAACCCGCACGGCGCAGGGUCGCUGGGGGUUAACCGAUCGGGAUAUGCUCGCUCGUCCAACGAACAGCCGGACUGGCGUCUCCAUGGAAUCAACACCCGACAUGCGGCCCACAAGCGUUGGACCCGAGGGACUCGACACGCCUUAUUCAUUGUCAGCCCAAGAUCUCGCCGCUGAUGACAACAUGCUUGUCUCGCUGAGAGUACGGCUGCGCGAUCUGUCCGCAGAGUUCAAAUCACGUCUGACCACCUUACUCAGUGACCUAUCAUAUCAGCCGGAUGUGGAUAUGCGCUUCCUUGCGGUUGUGAUGAACUUCAAUGACGUUUACAAGACCACGAGAAGGAGACCUAGACCAACCCAGGGCACUCGGGACAGGGACAAGGAUAGAGAGCGCGAGCGCGCAAAGCGUAAGGCCGCCGCAAAUAAUGCAGCAAUGAAUUCCGGCACCAACUCGGGCACAGAGUCGCAUGUGUCGAGGGAGAUGCGGCGAGAGCGAAGCGCCGGUGGUCCUCAGUGA